UGUCAACUCAAAUGCGAAUACUCAUAGCUUGUUCUAAGAAGUCUCGCCAAUCAUGACGGGUAACCAAAAAGGCGAGGAUCCCAGCAAUCCCCCAGCAGGCAAAGAGAACAUCGCAGACUGCGAAAGUGGCCGCCCAACCAUAGCCACCUAUUCAAACAAACCUAAAUUCCGCAUUAAUGAGUGGGUGUACGUGUCUUCGCCUGGACAACGAGGCCUCCGUGGUCCUUACCUCGUUGCGCAAGCCCUCACCAAUUACCAGCCACCUAAGUACAUGCUGUGUCAUGAGGACGGUUCAACUGCGAAUGAGGGAGUAGAGGUAGAUGAAUCGGCUCUCGCGAAUUGAAGGAGAAGGCUUUCACAUACAGCACACGAAAUUGGAGUCAAUACUAGUGUUAGCCCAGAUGUUUGCCACAUUCAAUCUUUUGCAAAACCGAUGUAUCAAAGGCCUUCGAGAGCCUCGAAUGAGCUGAGUCGUCGACAUCAAUACCGAACAAUCCACGCAAGCAUAUCGAUGCCGCAGAUUGGUAAUUGGUCCCCAUCCAGUAAGCCAAUCUCGUGUCGCAAUGCCUUAUGAG